GCCCUCCUCUCUCCAAACCCUUCUUCCCUCUCUUCUUUCUUUCUUUCUUUCUUUUGUGCUUUCUCUCUUUUUCUUUCUCUCUUCUAUGCUCAGCUCAGCUCAACCACACACACACACACUCUCUAACUGUUUGAUGUGAUUCUCUCCACUAUUAGCUCCCCAAAAAUUAAACCAUCAACCUUUACUAAAGAGAAAGCUCCAAGAGGAACCAUGGUUUAUACUUCCAUCCCAGCAUAUAUUGAUCCAGCCAACUGGCAGCAACAGCAACCAAAUCACCAGCAGCAAGGAAACAACACUGCUGCCAGCUCUCACCUUAUUCUUCCACAACCAAUACAACCACCACAGCCUCCGCCAUCGCAGCCUCAUGGACUCGGUGGUAGCACUACCGCCGGGUCCAUCAGGCCCGGUUCGAUGGCGGAUAGGGCAAGGAUGGCCAACAUACCUAUGCAGGAAGCUCAACAAAAGUGUCCAAGAUGUGAAUCCACCAACACAAAGUUUUGCUACUUCAACAACUACAGCCUCUCUCAGCCCCGCCACUUCUGCAAGGCCUGCAGAAGGUACUGGACACGUGGCGGGGCCUUGAGGAACGUCCCUGUUGGCGGCGGCUGCCGGAGGAACAAGAGGAGCAGAGGAAGCUCCGGCAACAACACCAGGUCUCCGGCAAACUCCGAUCGCCAAACCGCGAGUGCCGGUUCGGCUUCCACCACCAGUGGCUCCUCCUCUGCUGACUUGGUGGCCGGCCUCGGCGGUGGCACCGGAGUGCCACCGUCGCUUAGAUUCAUGGCUCCAUUGCAUCAACUUGGUGACCACCACCACCACCUUGGUGGUGGUGGAGGAGAAAUAGGGUUAAGCUAUGGCUUGAACUAUGGCGCAAUUUCGGGUCCAAUGGGAGGAAUAGGAGACUUGAAUUUCCAUAUAGGAGGCAGUUUGAGUGGUGGUGGUUGUUCUAUGUUGUCUGGUUUGGAACAAUGGAGGGUUCCACAAACUCACCAAUUUCCCUUCUUGUCUGGCUUGGAAGCUACUUCAUCACAUGGGUUGUACCCUUUUGAGGGUGCUAGUGGUAGUGAUGGCUACGGUAGCACUCCCAUUAAGGUUUCAACUUCUGGGGUUAUGUCUCAGCUUGCUUCUGUGAAAAUGGAAGACAAUCAUCAUCAUCAUCAUCAGGAACUUGGUUUGCCUAGACAGUUCUUGGGGGUCAAUAAUAACCCUAACACAAAUGAGCAAUAUUGGAGUGGUGGUGGUGGUGCCACUUCUGCUUGGACUGAUCUUUCUGCUUUCAGCUCUUCUUCCACUACUAGUAAUAACGCACUAUAGAAUUUUCUGCUAUCUCUUUGUGAAGUUUCUGGCUUUUGGUUCUUCUGUUUCCUUUCACAAAGUUUCAACCAACUUGGUUAUAAUUAACCCCACGUGAAGAAGCUUCGAGGAUGGUUAAGUACUUUGGUUUCAUUUUAAGAUCAAAUAUGAAAACCCUAGGGAUGUUAGAUCUUCUUCUAUGUUUAAUCUUUAUAUUGUUGUUAUUUCUUCUUCUUUUUUCUCUUUCCUUUUAUUAUUAGGUUUAGGUUGCUUUGUAUGGGAAGGUUUACUAUAGUGAAAUUAUGAGUUUUCAAAAGAAUGGAUAUUAUUGCAGUAGCUUAUCAACGAUGUCUGUAUCAUUGGUUUCCAGUGUCACUUGAUUGCCACAUAUAUAUCUAUGGAAAAUAUGAUCCUUUUUCUAA